AUGAAGAUCUCCGAGCUCUCCCCCGAGUACCGGAUCUCCCAGCUCUCCCCCGAGUACCGGCCGCCGCCGCCGCACGCCGCCCUCCUCACCGACCUCAACAGGAUCGUCGCCGACGUCGAGGCGCUCGACGCCUCCGAUUCCUCUUCCCUGGAGAAGCUCGCUGCCGAUCUCCGCUGCCUCCUCACCAACCUCGCAUCCGCCACUUCGUCCUCCUCCUCGGGCCUCAACGGAGCGUUCAGGCUCAAGGUAUGGAACCUCGCCUUCCGCCUCUGGAACGCGUGCGUCGACCGCGCCAACCACAACUUCCCUGAGAGGGGACCCGAGGCCGCGGUCGCGGAGACGGAGAUCCGGCAGGCGGCGCCGGAGCUCCUCCUCAUCGCCGGCCUCCCGGUAGGCGUCCCCAACGCCACUGUGAAGGCGGCGUCCCUUUUCCACCGCACUGGCCUGGUCUGGCUUGACCUCGGCCGCGCCGACCUCGCUUCCGCCUGCUUCGAGAAGGCCACGCCGCUGGUCUGCGCAGUUGACACGGAGGAGGAUCGGGACAUCCUGCUGGACCUCAACCUCGCGCGCGCGCGCGCGGCGUCGAAUCAGGGCAAGCACGCCCUCGCCGUCGCGUUGCUAAGCCGGUCCAAGCCCCUCGCCGCGGCGUCUUCUGAGGGGGUCAAAGCCCUCGCCGAGGCGUACCUCCUCCUUGGCAAGGCUGCUUUCGCCACAAAAUCCCCGGAUCCCGCCAUCGACGCGUCGACCCUCCUAACCGAAGCGCUUGAUCUCUGCGAGAAGGCCGCGGCCUCCCCCAGCUGCGACACUCCGACGACCCCGAGAUCCACUCCUGCAACCCCAAAGCUCCAAGUGAUUAAGGAUCAAUGCCUCCGCUUCCUCGCCGCCGAGCGUCUCGAAGCCAACGACUACGAGGGCACCCUGCACUGUACCAGGGUCUCGAGAGCCUCACCAGGGCUGGGGAAGGAGCACUCCAGCAUUGCGUUCAUGGCGCUGCGUGCGUGUCUCAGCAGCGGUAAAUUGGUGGACGCCGAGAGGGAGCUCGCCGAGCUGUACCUAGCCAGUGCGGGGCUGGAUGCUGCACUUAAGGUGCUUGUUGCACUUGCCGCACGGUGCCACGCCAGUGCUGCAGCUGCUGCAGUGAGGGUGUUGAAAACGGUGGUUCAGGGUGCAGGCGGCGGGGCUGGGCGUGCAAGAGCGAUUGCUGAGCUCGUGUCAGAUGAGAGGGUGGUUGCGCUGUUCAAUGGCCCUGCUAACACCCAUGAGCGUGACACAAUGCAUGCACUGCUAUGGACAUGUGGCUCUGAGCAUUUCCAUGCAAACAACUGCGAGAUCUGUGCGGAUUUGAUUGAGAGGUCGAUGCUUUAUGUUUCCCGUGACGAGGAAAGCAGAUCCCGCCGUGCAAAAUGCUUCCGAGUUGAACCCAAUAUCCACUGUGCCUUUCUGAAGUUUAAGAUCCUUCUGCACAAGAAGGAGGAUGAUGAGGCUAUCAAGCUGAUGAAGACCAUGGUGGGCUAUGUUGACUUCAACCCUCACUUCCUGGCGCUCUCGAUUCAUGAAGCUAUCGUCUGCAAGUCUUUCCGUGUGGCAGUUGCUUCGUUAACCUUCCUUCUAGGCCUCUACUCUGCUGGAAAGCCAUUGCCAAUGAGCGAGGCCACUGUCCUCCGCAACCUGAUAGCCCUCCUCCUUCGUGAGCCAGGAUCUGAGGCUGAGAUUCUGAAGUACUCAAGACGUGCCAAGCUACGGAUGGAUGAGCUUGGUGUGGAAACUUUUUGGGAAAGGGGACUUUCAUGGAAUAUGGCUUUAAAGGUGGUAAAAGAGAAGAAGUAUGAUUAUUCCUCUGAAUUCUUUGAGCUUGCAGCUGAAUUUUUCAGCUCUGGUAAUGGGGAAGAUGAUGCUAACCUUCUCUUGAUUUGCAAAUCAUUGAUCAUGAGUGUCAGUUGCAUGCUCCAGGCUGAAGAACUAAACAAGUCUCCAUUGUCAGACUCUGACCUUAAAAAGGGCAUUGAGAUGCUCAGAAGGGCUGGCAAGCUAUUACCCUUGACUCUGCCUUCGGCUCCGGUGAUCUCUGAUCAAUUGGAGAACAACCUGCCCUUUCUUCAUACAUUCAACUUCUACCAGCUUCUCAAUAGACUGGACACUAGCGCACACCCUCAGCAGCUCCAAUUAGUCAAGAGCUUUGCAGCAUCUAAAGCAUGUACACCAGGUCAUCUUCUCAUACUUGGAGACAUGGCUUCUGAAGGCACCCAACCAAACCUCCAGGUAGCUGAGUUUCUCCUGAAGGCCAGCAUCAGUACUGCCCUUGCCUCUCACUCGCCAAACUAUGGGAUUGUGGUUGGACUUAGAGAUGGUGAAUAUCCAUUUGAGGAAGGGAGGUGGCUUGCAAUAACUGCAUGGAACAAGUCAUAUUUACCUGUGCGGCUUGGGCAACAUUCUGUUGCUAAAAAAUGGAUGAAGAUGGGUCUAGAUCUUGCUCGGCAUUUUGACAGAAUGAAGCUGUAUAUACCAGGGAUGGAGGAAUGCUUUGAGAAAUUUCAGAAAUUAUCUGGUAAAGAACCUGAUGAAUGUAGCCAGCAAGAUGGGGAACCAAGUACUAGCAUGUCUGGUACUGGUAGUAUGUCUCAACCUGUCCUAGUUUAG